CCGUUUGGCAGAACAGAGACAGUGAAUGGGAUUUUCUCCAGGAUCAUGACCCGGAGCUGAUCAAAGAAGAGAAACGAGAAGAAGUGGAGGAAGAGAUCAGAGUGCAGGUUGAUGCGUUGAUGCAACAGAAACUGGAGAAUCUCAAACUGGCUGUGGAUGGAGAGAAGAGUAGCCCACAGAAAAAAGGAAGAAAGAGUGACAAGAAAAAGAAGACAGCCACGAGGAAAAAGGUAUCAGAGCUGGAGGAAGAUCUAACUCCUGACAGGACCAUCGAUUCUCUGUACAGAGAACUAGUGGAAGAAGAAUUACUGAUAAAAGCCAGGACUGUGAAUCUUUCUGAUUACGUUGGUGACUACAGCUACCUGGGGACCACACUUCGUCAGGCAGACGUAGAGCCGAUGCCCUCUCUCGUGGAUGUCAGGCAGCUAAUAGCACUGUAUGGAAUAUUACCAUUAGGUUCCCAGACAGUCCAUGAGAAGGCUCCUUUGGUGAAAGCUUUGUUACUAGCUGGACCUGCUGGUGUUGGAAAGAAAAUGCUGGUCCAUGCCAUCUGCACAGAAACAGGAGCCAACCUCUUCAACUUAUCUGCUUCCAACAUUGUUGGGAAAUAUCCAGGCAAGGAUGGUCUGCAAAUGAUGCUUCACAUGGUUCUCAAGGUGGCUAAGCAAUUGCAGCCUUCAGUUGUGUGGAUUGGAGACACAGAAAAAAUAUUUUCUAAAGCAGUGCCAAAGGCUGAAGAAGAGAUGAACCCCAAACGACUGGAAAAGAUGCUCCCCAAGUUUCUGAAGGCUUUGAAAGCACAGGACAGGGUGCUGCUCGUGGGAACCACCAACCGCCCCUUCGAUGCUCAUCUUAAACGUUUCUGCAAAGUCUAUCAAAAAAUUAUUCUGAUUCCCAGGCCUGACUACACUUCACGAUUUGUGUUAUGGAAACACAUCAUCCUGCAGAACGGAGGAGUCAUCACCAACUUGCUGAACAUCAGCUGCCUAGCAAAGGCAUCUGAUGGCUUCACCCAGGGACAUAUUGUCCAGGCAGUGCAAGAUGUCCUGAGCGACCUCCGCCUCCUGCAGAUGACCAGGAAGCCACUGAGGGCUGCUGAGUUCAUGGCUUCUCUGGCCAGGCAGGACCCCGUGUACAAAGAGGAGGAAGAAACAUUUCAGGCUUGGUAUGCCAAGACACCACUGGGUAAAGCACGAAUCAAAGCACUGGCAGGCAGUGAGAAAGCAGGAAAAGGAAAA